GCAACCGGUGUCUGGAGCCACCCUGCGGGGUGUCAUUCUCCCAACACAGCCGACCAGAGCUGCUGGGGAUUUAAGAAGUCAUGUUCCCGGUCGGGGUUCUCCUGCCCCUGAUACUUACUUUUGAGCUGUUGGAAUCAAGUCAGAAUGUUACUAAAAGGGAGGCUGGGUGCCCAGCCGGCCAACAGCGUGAGGGCGAAUUCUGCUGUCAGCCAUGCCCUCCUGGUGAACGGAAACGCAGUGACUGCAAGGCUAAUGGAGACAAGCUAUUCUGUGAGCCCUGCCCAGAAGGGCAGGAGUACACAGACACAAAACAUUAUUCUGACAAGUGCAGACGAUGCAAAACUUGUGAUGGAGAACAAGGCUUAGAAGUGGAAAUAAACUGUACCACGACCCAGAAUACCAAGUGCAGAUGUAAACCAAACUUUUUUUGUAACACUCCUCUAUGCGAACACUGUGACCCUUGCAGCACGUGCAAAUAUGGAGUCGAUGAGAAGUGCACACCAACCCAUGACACCAAAUGUAAAGAAGGACCCAGAACCGACUUACUGUGGUUGUUACUCCCCCUGGGGAUUCUAAUAGCCGGACUAAUUUAUUGCUGUAAGUUCUCACUUUGUUCAAAUUGCACCUUGAAAUACUCCACUGAAGAGGAGAAAUAUACAAGGUUUUCAGUGAUGGUAAUUUCAUUUAAAAAAAACAAAUUUUCAGAAGCUAUUCUCUUUCUUUCAGACAUUAACUUGAAUGACUAUAUUAUCACUAUUGCUGAAAAAAUGACAAUAAAUCAAGUGAAAGAGUUUGUUCGGAAGAAUGGUAUCAACGAAGCCAAAAUUGAUGAAAUCAAACAUAACAACCCCACUGAUACAGCUGAACAGAAGGUCCAGCUGCUGCGUAAUUGGUAUCAACUUCACGGGAAAAAAGAUGCAUAUUCCACUUUGAUUAAAGGUCUCCAAAAAGCUAAUCUUCAUGCUCUUGUAGAGGAAAUUCAAGGCACAAUCCAAAAGGACAACGCUGAUAAACAUGAAAAUGCUAACUCCAAUGAGGAAAACGAAAGCCAAAUCUUGGUCUAAAGUGAAAAACAACUAACUCCAUUCUGAGAAUAAUAAUCAACAGCAAGGAAAAUGAGUGCUCAAAUAUGUUUUUGAUAAACAGAGGCUUCAAAUAUUGCUUGACUUUUUAGUGAGUAUGUUUUUUUCCUCACUGAACAUGUACAGCUAAUAUAUUUACAGGUCUAGAGGACCCUGUGUUUCUAUCUUCAGGGAUGUUUAAAAUCUAAACAGACCUGGUGAAGAAUAAAUGCGGGGUGUGUUAAGUACACAAAUAGAAGUGUUUGCAAAGACAAAAGACUGGGAUCAUGGGGUGGUAUCUAAUGUGUGUUCUGUAGAUAUGAACGCCAUUACUGUGUGUGAUGACAAAGAUCUGUCUACAGGCUGAUCCCAUCCAUGAAUCAAUAGAAGCUAUGACCUCCUGAUGCAAUGUCACAAUUACCGGAGAGACGAUUUUGCCUCUGAAUUGCCUCCCCAGCCCCGGGGUGAGGCUGGAGAUUGUACUGUAUAGGUAAACUUUGUUUAUGACUCAGUAUAUUUAGGGAAUGCUGGCGUAUACCUCUGAGUGCGGAAUUUCAGUAAGGUUCUACUUCAAAGAUUUUUUCAUAGAUGAUUGGCAUUUCAUUGUGAACUGUUUUAAUUUCGCAUUCACAUGGAAAAUGCAGCCUCGAUUAUCAUGCUUGAAAUUUUAUAUUUGUGUGGCAUUUUACUGGCAUACAAAUAUAAUCAACUUCUUUCUCAAGUGCCAAAACAUUUUGAUCAGGGAUGAGUUCCUGGAGCUCUACCACCUCCCCAUUGUUUUCCCUGGAUGUACAUCUCGAACGCCUCUACCUCUCACACCUGGAAGCCUCAUCUGUGAAACACGGACAGCUACUGAGAUCUGUUGCUGCUCUUAGGAGCUUCUAGCCCGGGUUGGAGGGACUCAGAGUCUCUACUCGCACGGAGGUCGUUUUCUGGCACGUCAUGAACCCGUGUUCUAGCACCAGAGCGGGUAAAGUAGGUUCUUCUUUUGCCCUGUCCCCCACAAAAUGGUCAGGAACUCCCCAUGUUUCUCUUGCUACCAAUGCAGCUUAUGCAUCAGGCUUUAGGGCUUGUUUUUGCUAUGUCCUGUGGCUUCUUAGACACAUAAGCCCCUCUCCCCUUCUCAAGAACUCACAAAAUGUGUGUUAAUUUUCAUAAAGACUAUUUAUAUUUAUAUUGAUAUAAAUGGAAGGGGAUUAAAAACUAAGACAGAUGCUUAGAACUACCUAAAGAGUUUUCCCUGAUGGGACAUUUUUGUUCCUUAUGUUUGGGAAUGUAAAGUAGAUGUAAAAAUAUUUAAUUAAAAUUAUGUUUUUGAUAUUUCUGGUUAUUCUUUGUUGUUGUUGUUGUUAGGGCCUUUGGUUUGUUUUUUUGUUUGUUUGCAUUUUCUCUCACUACAGCUAAAUAUAACCUAUUUAUGAGUCUUCAGUGCUUUCUUUGGUCUCUCGGGAGGCACUUCCCUUUGAGGCUCCUCUUAGUCAUGAAACACCCUUCACAGGCCAUCACUGCCAAGAACACCGCUCCCGAAUAGCAUGCUAGUAUUCAUUAUGUGCGGACUUAUUAUAGCAGGAUUAUAUGUCAGGCACUGGAUAAGAAAGUAAAUAUUUCAAAAGAAAUAUAUUCAUAAGAAAGC